ACAUCGAACGAGGGCGCGCGUACUCAUUCCACAUUCGAAAUUCGAACGCUCGCGGAACUUUAACCGACCAUCGAAUAUCGUCAAGUUCGAAAUUUAAAAGUUUUGACGGUAAUUUUAAAUCUUUUCAUAGUGUUUUUGUAAUGACUAUAAAAAUGGGUUUACGGUGUUUAUUGGUGUUAGUGUUUAUGAUUCAUUUUGGUUGUGCACUGGAGUGCCACAACGUUUUUAGCGUAGAAAAAACCACUUGCGACGAGUGUAUCAGAUGUGGUGGGAUAUGGUGUUCGGAUCCUAAAGAGGAUAAAAAGUGCAAAAACCCGUUAAAUACAUUAGGCGACGAGUGGUGUCCGAGCCACAAGGAAAAAGCUCACGUGGAAACCAUCGCUCGAGACGGCAUGGUAUUCAGCCCUGAGUACCUGGAACAGGUGGCUGAAAUUAACUCGGCGAAGGUCACACCUCUGAAAGUUAACGGAUACCGCCCAGUGAAGGGGCCCCAGCAAAAGACACGUUAUAAUGUUUACAACACGACGCAACCAUCUGGAAAAUCGAGCGUUUUUGUAAAAUUAGAAAUGAUUAACAAUAAACUACAAGUCAUUACAACGGUGAAAGAAGGAUUUUGCUCACAGAAUUCGCCAAAGUUUGAGUAUGUUUUUCUGGAAGUGGGUAUAGAGGGUGUUAAAGACCAGGCUGUGCUCAAGUACGUGGUGCCGUGCGGUUGCGGGUGCUCGGAGCAGGUGGUGCCGGCGGACCAGGAGUAUUGCCACGGGUAUGGCAACUUGACCUGCGGCGCGUGCCAAUGCAACGACGACAGGAAAGGGAAGUUUUGUGAGAAAAAAAACUGCCAAGACCGCGGAGAUGUAUCAACGUCGUGCAUUGGUUCUUCAAACACCAAGGAGCAGUGCUCAGGCAACGGCGUUUGUGACGAGUGCAACAAAUGUCAGUGUUACGACGAACCCACAAUACAAGGGUCACAAUAUUUCGACCCCGACAAUGAUUGCAAAGAUCUCUGUACAACAAUCAACUACUCUGAAUGCCACGUUGACUGUCUAAUAAGCAAUACAGAAGGACCUUGCGAAGCAUGUGGUGGUCAUGAUUUCAUCCAGAGCUGGAAUGAAACUCUGCUGGAUCAGAGGGAUGAAUUAAAUAGAAAGUUGUGGGUAAAUUGUAGCGUCAAUUCAGAGGGCAGAAUACUAGUAUAUUGGGCAAUGAAGAUUAACACAUUCAUCUACAUGAUGCGGAAUGAUCAGGCAGAUUCUGGUGCACUCGUCAACACUGGUGGCGGAAACGUGACGAUCCCAGUGGUGAUCGGCGUAAUAGCCGCGAUAGCGGCAGCGGUGGCCGCCGCGGUUGGCUACGUCAUGUGGAAGGGGCAGGGAGCGCUGCCCGCGGCUGGCUCGAACUACGCCAACAUCGAGCCCGAAGACAGCGUUGGAGUCAACCCCCUUUACAAGCCCCCGACGUCGUCGUUCAAGAACCCGAUGUAUGCUGCGAAGUCUUAAUGGUGUUACCCGCUUGAAUCAUCGAUCGAGGGGCCCCAGAUUCCGGAUCUGAACAUCGCUAACGGUUACUCCUUGGCUUUGCAACAAACUAAGAUCUCGUAAGUUCAGCGUCUGGAUUAGACCCUCAUAGCAAUUCCACUGCCUGUGAUCGCCGCUAUAAUAAUAUAAAUGAACUCGUCCGGUGUUCGUGUCACAAAUGUGCUCAUAUUUAGUGUUAGGUUAUAAUAUUACCAGCGUGUAAAGUGCACUGUUACAGGUGAAGCAACUGUAUUGUUAUAUUUAGUGCUAGAUCGUAGUGUAGUACUAAGUACGUGCUAUAUAUAUUUCUGUGAUAUUUUAAGUAAGAUGGUAUGAGUCACCAUAUUUGUGUUUCGAAGUUACACAAAUACCGGAUAUUAAUUCUGAAUUUGGUUUCAAUUUAUGUAACGAUACAUCUACCUGAUCUACUUUCCAAAAUAAUUAUAAUUUCAUUGUAAAAUUUGUUAACUAGACAAUUGUUUGAUAAUAUUUAUUCACUGAUUAUAAAUAUAAACAUGAGACAAUCAAUAAAUAACUGGAACACAGAUUAUAGAAGCAUUAACUACGUAUAAAUUAAUAUUUACUUCAAGAGGUGCGAUUGGCAAUUUAUGUAGUUAUAGGUAUAUAUUUAAGUAUUUAAUUAAUGACGCUAGUAUGGUUAACAUGACCGACUGACCUAUGGCCGUCCGGUCUUUAAGAUAAACGAUAAUCCCUCAACUCAACCCAUGUGUGUCGAGAGCGUAAAUAACGGUCAAUCUUUAAAAGCUCUAAACUGAUAAACAGUCAAUACAUCUUAUCAUAAUAUAUUGUUUUUGGGUUUUUUCGGUGCUAUCUUUUAUAAAUAUGCUUUUGCUAUUAAAUUAAAAACCUAUCCAUGUUGUUCCUGUGAUAUGGGAUAAAAUGAUUACCCGUUAUAUACUUGUCUUAGGACAAUAUAUUUGCAUUAUUUUAAGGGCAACUCACAUCCAUUUAGCAUUUGGGCAUUUUUUUAUAUUAGGUAGGUAUCUGAAUGCCUGCAAUACUCGACGCAUAAUGUUAAUGUAGGAUUUGACCUUUUUGGCUCACGAAAAGACGGUGCCUACACAGUGUUUUUUAGUCACCUGCAACAAUUUACGGGGUGAAUAUAUACUCGUACUUAUUGCCCAACGCAUACAUAAAUAUAGAAGAGAAUUUGAAAUAGAGGUGGAUUAUCAAAGAAAAUUUUGUUGCCACAGUAAAUUUACUGCCAUUUUUCGACACAUGGUUAAGACUGUUAGAACGCCAUUUGACUUGGCUUGGCCCUUAUUCUCUCACUGAUGAAAAAGUGGCUCUUUGAUAUUUAACAAAUUUAACACAUACCAGUGAAAGAAUAAGGAUCAAAGUCAAAUGGCGUUUCAAAAGUUUAAGUUUUUCCUUCAAUAAAAACACACUUAUUUAGGCGUGGCCGUGGCUGCAAUUUCCUUGCCCUACGAUUUUAGCCUCAAGAGAUCAAAUGUAGAUUUUCGUUGCAAUUGCGCUGUAUAGAACAACCAGGUCUGAGAAAGUUGGGAACAUUUUAUGGAGGCGUGGGUGUCGCAUGCUCGUCGUGGGCUGCGUAACUUUAACGGCACAUGACUAACGGGUUUUAACCGUGAUUUCAUGGGAUGACAUGUAUUUAACGCUGAAUGAGUGCACUAAAUAGUCAAAUACCUACAUCUAGACUUAAAUAAUAAGGAAAAUGUAAAGUUGUUUCAUUGUCAUCGGAGCUAUGUCCCGCCUAUAUAUGAAUAUGUAACAGACUUCUCGUAUAAAGAACCUAUCUAUAUGUACAGCAUUUACUAUAAAUUAUAUAGUAUCCACAAGUUAUUAGGUACCUAUUUCAUUCAGGUACAUGAAUACCAUGACAUAUGCUAUGUAUCGUCCUAUUAUAAAUACACAGAUAGGAAUUUAGCGCUGUCAUUUCAAUUUUACAGAAAAACCCGAUAUCGUCUGUUAACUACGUUCAUAUUCGUUUUUAGUGUUAAUUUACUUAACUACAUAUUCAAUUUACAGCCCGUAGCUCGUAGAUACUGGAUGUUUUGUACACAGUUGGAAGUACUUGUAAUUAUUUGAUGUACAGUCGCCAUCAGAUAUAUAGGAGCGGACAAGGUGCUCAAAAAUAUCUGAACCCACACUCUAACACCUUGACAAUAGAGGCGUGUUCAGAUAUUUUUGAGGACCUUGGCCGCUCUGACAUAUCUGAUGGCGACUGUAACCCUGUACUGCACUAAGAGGCCAACACCCAGCGUAGAGACGUAAUAAUCAGUAAAUGUUUGUGUGGAUGUUGAUAAUGAUUAGGUACUAUUACGUCGUAGGAGGUUAAACUAAGUUCCUAGGAUUUUACGUCAUAUUUUUUCAUGGUGCAUAUUGAUCCAGCCGGCUAAUGCCACUGGGUGAGUCAUCAUGACGCGACUGAGAUUUGCUUACACAAGAUAAGAAUAUUUGAUUCAAACAAUUAUUUAUUGGCAGAACGAUACGUAUUAUUAUUAAAUAAUUAAUGAUUAUUAUAGAGAUUGGUAGGAAUUAACUUGGAGAUUUAUAAACUGUAGCCGCAAUAAUUGCCAUCACAAUAAGGAACAUUUCUAUCGUUUCACAUAAAAGGGUCCUCAGGGCGAUUGGUAGAUGCGAUAUUACUUACGAUGAGCCUAUAAAAAUGUUACCAUUCGUGACCUAAACGGCAAUUGGCCUCGGGUCCCUUUCUAUAUGAAACGACACAUUUUUUUUAUUUAAAUGCUGAAUAACUGUAAUAGCAAGUUUAUGUUUCUUUUACUCUACAUUUUAUGGCUACGAGUUCUGUUAUCCAAAAUUGUAUUAAAGAUUUAUAAAUGUGUAGGCUAUGAUUAAUAUAUGAUAUCAAUCGAUCGUGUAUAAUAUAUGGAAGUGCAUUUUCGCUUUUUAUAAGUUAUACGUAAUAUUACUUCAGAAUUGUAAAUGUAAAUAACUAUAGUGACUAACGUUAGUGGUUCGACCACAUAAAUGUUGGUAUACAUAAACAUCACAUUAUCUACAUCUAGUGAGUUAACGGAUGUAUGUAUAAACAGUUAGAUAAGAGUGAAUCUCUUCGUUUAAUAAAAUCCUGUGUAAUUUCUUGAAACCAGUUGUAUAAACGUUGAAUGUUGUUAUGUGGUGUCACCACUACAUGUAAUUAAUCUAUGAUGACUAUGAUGUACCUUCGUCUAUAUAAAAGGAGAUAAUAGUGAUCAUACAGUAGCUAUGACACCACAGUUAUUAUCACAUUUUGUGCCUCACAAUGUCUUGUUAUACCUGUGCUAAAGUAACCGCAGGCAAAUGCCGAAAUAAUUAAAUAAUUAUUGACGUUUAUACGAAUGGAAACUUUGGUAGGUUACCUUAUAUUACUUUUUGUAUUGUACUUGUACACUUUUGUAAUAAAAAGAUUAAAGAAAGGACCGAUUAAACUCAUAUGAAAGUUAAAA